UUGAGUAAGCGACGGCGAGGUGAUUAGGAAUAAGGGCUAGCGUUUUUAUCUCUCAGCUGCACUUCUUGAGUUCUGAUUGCAAUUUAAUGAUGAAUCUUGGAGUUACUGCUUUAUCAGUGACGAAAUUGGAAAAACCAAUAUUGGAAAACUUUCAGAAAGAUCUUAUUUGUCCACUGUGCUGAUGGAGCUGUAACUUGAUGGUUAGAGAAUCCAGAAAGAAACCAGGACCAACUUUCUUAUUUGUGCAAUGUGUCUUUUCACUCCUUAUGCUGUGCUUUUGUUCUCUCCUCCCAUUUAUCUUCGGUUCUACCCUCCCGAAAAAUUGGGGCGCUCUUUGCUUAAUUCUUUUACAGCAACGCAACCUCACUUUCUUUUCGUUCCUGCUUGUUUUCGAUGCGUUGUUUUUCUUAUGGUUGUUGAUUUUUGUAUUUCGCCUGUGUAACUAAAUUUUAGAAAAUCCUGUAGGGCAUAAAUGAAAUUGACAUGAGUAGAAGUCGUAUAAACUGCACAGGUAGAAGCUUUAAAGGAAUCAGUUGCCAGUUUUAACAAGAUGGAGGACUUCCCUCCGUCAGGAGUUGAAUUCUGGGUGGGCCAACGAGUACACGCAUCUGGUGAUACGCGGAGAAUUGGUACAGUUAAGUAUGUGGGGCCUGUAGAAGGCCAUUCCGGCACAUGGGUUGGAGUUGAUUGGGACAAUGGAGAUGGAAAACAUGAUGGUUCCAUCAAAGGGAUCCGAUACUUUCAUGCUAGGUCUGAAAGAUCAGGGUCAUUUGUUCGUCCCCAGAAUUUGAGCCAAGGCAUUUCAUUACUGGAAGCUCUUGAAAUCAGAUAUCGGGGCGACUCUACUAAAGAUGAAGAGGAUGAAAUGUAUGUGCUUUCAGCUAGCAACAGACGAGUCUCUAUACAACUUGUGGGUAAAGAUAAAGUUAAAGAUAAACUAAGUCGAUUUGAGGAGUUGACCAGCGCAUCACUAUCAUAUAUGGGGAUCAGUUCCCCUGGGAUUCCAUGUCAUAUCAAUACUACAGUUCCAAAUAUGAAAGAACUUGAUCUGACUGGAAAUUUGCUUUCUGAGUGGAAGGAUGCUGGUGCAAUUUGCGAGCAGUUACCUCUUCUUGGGACACUCAACUUAUCGAAUAAUUUCAUAUCACCAUAUGCAUCAGGGCUUCCAUUACUGAAGAACAUCCAUGUUCUGGUUUUAAAUAAUACUGGUGUAGAUUGGGUGCAGGUUCAACUACUUGGACAAUCAUUGCCAGCACUUGAAGAGCUACAUCUUAUGGGAAAUAAUAUGAGCACAAUACUGCCUAUGUCUUCCACUGUGGUUCAAGGAUUUGAUUCGUUGCGGUUGUUGAAUUUGGAUAAUAAUUGUAUAGCUGAAUGGGAAGAAAUCAUGAAGCUCUCUCAGUUAAGAAGUUUGGAGCAGCUUUAUUUGAACAAAAAUUGUUUGAACUGCAUCCAUUAUCCUGAUCAUUCUGGGGUGGAAGUUACAUGCCCUAAGCCUUUUCAGAAUUUGCGAUGUCUUCUAUUAGGCGGUAACAACAUUGGGGAUAUGGCUUCCAUUGACUCAUUGAAUUUUUUUCCUAAAUUGGUGGAUGUCAGGCUUUCUGAAAACUUAAUUACUGACCCUGCAAGAGGUGGAGUUUCCCGAUUUAUUUUGAUUGCAAGAUUAGCAAAAAUUCAGAUUCUGAAUGGGAGUGAGAUUAGCCCUCGAGAGAGGAAGGACUCAGAGAUUAGGUAUGUACGGGUGGUUAUCUCAAGGUCUCUUGCUAAUCCUGAAGAAAUCAAACAGCAUCCCAGGUUUUCUGAACUCAAGAAAUUUUACGGAAUUGAGGAUGAAAGGACUUCAACUGGAACUUCAGGCCCACAAACAAUGGCUUCAGGAUUCUUGUCUAUCACCCUGAAGUGUGUGGGACCAUCCAUGGGUGAGAAGCCACAAUUGACGAAGAAACUACCGGCAACAACAACAGUCGGGAAGCUAAAAUUGCUCUGUGAAAGCUUCUUUAAGCUAAAGUCCGUGAAGCUAAAACUUUAUCUUCAAGAAGAGGGCUCUCCACUGCCUCUUUUGCUUGACAACGACAUGGCAACUUUCGUUGACCUUGGAAUUGGUAACGAAUCAAUUAUCAUUGUAGAUGAAGGAAGUUAACACAUAAGUUCCUGCAAAACUCGAAGUGAAAUUUUCUUCUGAUUUGCUGCAUUUAAUGUUACAAGUAUGCUUGCACGUAUGUCUUUCAAUUUCCCAUGAUAAAGACUUGCGUAUUCAAUUUCUUAGCUGGUACUUUUAAUGGUAACCCCUGCUGAUAUGAUUAUUUGAAGUUCAUA